CUUUGGGCUCUCUCUAUCUUAUCUUCCCUGAUGUCGUCGUACUUCUGACCGGAGUGACCACUCACUUCGACGUCGGCCUCUGGAUUCCCGGCGAGAGAAUGGCGAUUCGAUCCCAGCUAUUCGGCGGACGGCUCUCGCGGCGAAGCUCCGACGCUUCCAAGUUUCUCUUUCCAUUCACCUGCCAAUCGCUUUCCUCUCUCGCAGCUUUAACCUCCGAUGCUCAGGUGGACGGUAACGAACUACCGAUUCUCAAGGACUCCAACCCGGACGAAAGUCAGGUUCUCAGCGAGCUCUCAAAAUUGCUUCCGGUUUUCCGCAGAAUUCCCCCCACACAAAGCAUCGGAGAUUCAGUUAUUAGAGUAGAGGGAAGAGCCGCCGUCGUCGAUCGGUUUCUAUCCCCAGAGGAGCGUCUCCGAGGAGUGUUCCUUCAGAAGUUGAAAGGCACGCACGCAAUCGAGACUGCUUUAACCAAUUCCGGCGUGGAAUUGACGGUCGAAGUCAUGGCUAAAGUUCUCAACAGGGGUAAUUUGGGAGGUGAAUCAAUGGUUACCUUCUUCCACUGGGCGAUUAAACAGCCGGCGGUGGCUAAAGACAUUCAUGGUUACAAUAUCCUUAUCAGAGCUCUAGGCAGAAGAAAAUACGUCGACUUCCUGCUGAAAGUUCUGCAAGAACUGAAAGCUGAAGGUAUAAACCCCGACAUUGAAACUCUGUCAAUUGUGAUGGAUAGUUUAGUUAAAGCUCAUAGAGUCUGCAAGGCAAUACAAAUGUUUGGAGAUGGAGAAGAAUACGGAUUUGAAUGCAAUACGGAAUCUUUGAAUGUCCUAUUGCAGUGUCUCUGUAUAAGGUCCCAUGUUGGUGCUGCAACUUCCUACUUGAACAAGAUGAAAGGGAGGGUACCAUUCAAUGCCACAACGUAUAAUGUUGUGAUUGGUGGCUGGUCGAAAUGCGGUAGAGUUGAUGAGGUCGAGCGGGUUUUGGAGACAAUGAUAGAUGAUGGUUUUAAUCCUGAUUGCUCAACUUUCAGUUUUCUACUAGAGGGAUUAGGAAGAGCUGGCAGGAUUGAAGAUGCUGUGGAAGUUUUUAAGAAGAUGGAGGAGAAAGGGUGUGUGCCAGAUACUUCAGUUUACAAUGCAAUGAUUGGUAAUUUUAUCUCAGCUGGGAAGUUUGAUGAGUGCAUGAAGUACUACAGGUGUUUAUUGAGUAGCAACAGUGAACCAAAUGCUGAUACUUAUACGAAAUUGAUUUCUGGGUUGAUCAAAGCUCGAAAGGUAGCUGAUGCACUUGAAAUCUUUGAUGAGAUGCUUGAACGAGGGAUUGUUCCUACUUCUGGAGAUGUGACUUGUUUUCUGCAACCUCUUUGUAGCUUUGGUCCUCCUCAUGCUGCUAUGUUGAUUUAUAAGAAAGCACAAAAAGCUGGGUGUGAGAUAUCGCUCACAGGAUAUAAGUUGCUGCUGAUGCGGCUCUCGAGAUUUGGGAAAUGUGGGAUGCUGUUGAGUAUAUGGGAUGAUCUUCAGACGAGCGGUUAUUCUUCUGAUAUGGAAGUUUAUGAGUAUGUGGUGAAUGGACUGUGCAACAUAGGACAGCUGGAGAAUGCUGUGCUUGUGAUGGAGGAAGCUCUGCGUGGAGGGUUCUGCCCAAGCAAGCUAAUUUAUAGCAAACUGAAUCACAAGUUGCUUGCUUCAAGCAAAGUCGAGAGGGCUUACAGGCUGUUUUUGAAAGUUAAAGCUGCACGCGAGGUUGAUAAUGCUCGUAGGUUUUGGCGACGAAAUGGCUGGCACUAUUGAGAAUAUGAUGUGGUUCCAGAUGUAACUGCAAUGUCAGCUUGAGAAACUCAUUAGGAUCGUGUCUAUAGUUUGCUGAGUGUUUAUGUGAUGUGGGUUGCAGAUUUGGAUGCAUGCUAAUCAUAGUCGUAGUGGCUUUCUUGGUCAAGCAGAAUUUUACAAUGCUGUUAAUCUUGUGACGGUCGCAUAGAGCCACAGAGCAAGCGAGAGCUGAUGCCAGAGAUUGUAAAAGCUGCUCUAUGUGGUCCUGCUGCAGCUGAAAUCCAGCACCACAAAUUAAUCUUGCAGCCGUUCCUGCACCCCAAUCGAGCUCAAUUGGUGCUCACAAUCUCAAAUGGGAUGCCUGCCUCAGCGUCAGCUCAGACUCCUGGCAUUAGGCCACAGAGUGUUCCAUCUGUGGGUAUGGCCUCAAGUUACUUUCCAUCUCAACGGAUUCAGUUUAUGAGAUCAGCUCUACCGAUUCCUCCAGUAUCUGACCCUUGGCCACCUCAGGCACUGCUCCUGUGGCAGUCCCUCGACCACCUCCGAUAACACAUCUCUUACAGCUCCUCAACUGCCUCAGGCUACCAUGAUGAUUAGCUCUCAGCCAAUGCCUACUAGUACUGCUUAUUGUCAAGCCCCCCAAUCCAUGGCUUGUGGUGCUGGUGGUCUUGGCCCAUCGAGUUCGGGUAUCACGACUCAUUGGCUGGGUGGAAGAAGUGGUGGAUCUAUACCUGGUGUUGGCCCUACAGGUGCCAGCCCAACGUCUAGUUUGCAGCAACGUCUUCCUCAUCCAUUGUUACCGACCCUAAGCUAUAGUUCGGAGAUGACAUGUUCUCAGUUACCCAUGCAAAAAGGAGGAACCUCCAAAACCAACUUAUUCUGCUGCUAAUGCAUCUCCAACAUCUGAUCUUGCCCCGAUUUCUUCUGUGGGUCAAGCCCCUGUCAAACCCAACUCACUUGGCACGAUGCUCUAUUCCAUCAAUCCCUGUGAGAUCUUCAACGGGUCCAUUCAUUGCCCCCCAAUAGGGCAGCAGGUUUCAGAAUUAGACAAAGGUGUUUACAGCAGAAAUUCACAUACCCUCUACGAGUUACAGUCAUCAUAUGAAUAUGAUACGAUGAAUGUCGAACAAUGUGAGGACUGAUCAAGCUUCCAUGUUUACAGCCGAGUUGGUCGAGGUUUUGACAGCAUGAGAAGGCCGCUGAGAUGGAAGUUUUGAAUGUUAAUACACCAGCGAGGGAGCAGUUAUGGAAGAUGGAUGAAGACUGAUGUAACAUUAUGAUAGUUUUACAAUGUCCCUUCCUUAUGCUGUUUACCACCACUGCCCUAAUCCUUCUUUGGCAAUUAUGCGGCCAUUUGAUUUUUAAUUAGAUGUUACCUACGAAAUUCAAAUCUGGGACCUCCAGCUCUUUAAGACUAGCGGUAUUACCAUCGGACCAAAUCCUUAUUCGCUGCUGAACCAUAUUUUCUUCACCUGGAAUUUAGACAUAGGCACUCCUUCUCGUAAAACUUAGAUCAUCUCUCCUACUAAAAUGCUGCUGGAAACAGGAUCCAUGUAUCAGAAGACGUUUCUAUAUCCAGUAACCAUGUGUCCUACUACUCCUACUUCUUCUUCUUCAUUUCUCAGAUGAUCGUUACUUUAUUUCGUGUAUGAAAAUAAUACUAUGAACGUGCCGCAAAACAUUGCCCAAGAAAUACAUAGACGUUGUUACAUUCUUAUCUUUUUACCUACUUAUAUAAGGAAACAAAACAUGGGAGAUAUUAUUAUUCAUGCUAACACUUUUUUUUAUUAGCAUGAUGCUAACACUUGUUCAAAUCAAUAGGAAUAUUUUGUUUGGAUGACUUUCUAAUUUAAAUGAUUUGAGCACAAUUAAUAAUGAGGAAUGGAUGGAGAUACAUGCUUGGUAUUAUGCAAAAUUGGGAGAGUGGGAGGGAACCAACGUAUAUUGCAUUAAUUAAACACAUAUCACAAACACAAGAAACCACACAACAAAUCUUAGAAAGUAGA